CAUUAACUUACUUGCUUGAACGUGACCGCUUUUCCAUUGUUUGUGGUCAUAUGGUCCCCAAUGAGAUCUCAAUGACGACAGUGAUGGGUAUACGACUUUCCUGGGUGGCGGUCUUCGGUGCCGGGGCCGGCGGAGUACCCACGGCUCGAGGCACAUCCUUCCAACUUGAUGAACUAGAAGCUUAGCAUCUUCCCUGCCAUGUGGACCCGAAGCCGCAGUCCGCCUCACUUACAGUUUUCCUCAUUCGAGGCUCAUCUUUGUUACCAUCUUUGCCAUUACCAAGCUUCGGGAAUAACAAGGCCUUCCUUCUUCCACGCCCUUAUCCGACAAAAGUUUGGGCCCAGGGACUAUCUCCUGCAAGGCGACCGAUUGUGCGCAGGCACCGUUUAACCUCUUCUGGUUUGCCGCCGUCCUGCAAGGCCGGCUGAUCGCGUUGAGUAGGUAGUGAAGGCAGCGGUGGAGCGUGAUUCAUUACUUGAUGUAAUUCCUCUCAUCCUCCAUGUUUCUUGACUGUCCAUCUCAUCUUAUCUUCACAUUACCCCCGUGAGACCUGACCCUAACGAGCAUGAUGGAUCCUCAUCAAGAUCCGCCGCUCCAACAAGAGAGUCAAAAAUACGAUGCCGAAGAUGCCGGUAAUGGCCGGCCAGCAGACAACAGCUCGAGCAACAUCAACGACACCACAUCUGACUCAGAUCCAGAAGCAUUGGCUCAAGUACCCAGCGGUCCAGCUUAUAGUGUCUUCUCCAAAAGUACGAAACGAUGGAUCGUGACCAUGAUCGCUUUCUCCAGCUUCGUCUCACCAAUGACAGCAAAUAUAUACUUUCCGGCUCUGGUGCCUAUAGCUCGGGAUCUUGACGUCUCGGUCAGUAUGAUCAAUCUUACCCUGACCACCUACAUGAUCUUUCAAGCCAUCGCCCCCACCCUUGUUGGCGACCUAGCAGAUGCCGCUGGCAGAAGACCGGCCUUUUUGAUAUGCUUCGUCAUCUACAUCUUUGCCAACCUCGGCCUAGCUCUGCAGAAGAACUUUGCCGCGCUUCUGGUCUUGAGGAUGGUUCAGAGUGCAGGCAGCAGUGGGACAGUAGCUCUUAGCUUUGCUGUGAUUGCGGACGUUGCAGUCAGUGCCGAGAGGGGUAAAUACAUGGGAAUUGUUGGCGCCGGCAUCAAUAUUGGUCCUGCCCUGAGCCCGGUAUUUGGAGGUCUCCUUGCCGAGUACCUCGGCUGGCCAGCUAUAUUCUGGUUCUGUAUGAUUUACGCCGCGGUCUGGCUCAUACCGUACGCCCUGACGGUGCCUGAGACAUGCAGAAACGUGGUGGGCAAUGGUUCAAUUCCAGCCCAGAGCUGGUGGAACAUGACGGCCGUCGACCUGUGUCGUGCUCGCCGCCGGAAGCGCAAUGGAGAAUCAUUGGGUGGCGCCCGCACCAAGCAAAAGCUGCGCUUUCCGAACCCGUUUAAUACACUCAAGGUGGCCUUCGAAAAGGACCUCGCCCUUCUUCUGUUUUACGGCACCUUGACCUACUUGGUGUUCAUUCUCAUUGCUGCAACACUGUCUACCGAGCUUGAAGCUAUCUAUCACUACAGUGACCUUCAGCUCGGUCUAUGCUACCUGCCCUAUGGAGUCGGAUGCUGCUUUGCCGCUGUCAUGCAGGGGUACAUUCUGGACCACAACUACCGCCGAAUAGCCCGCAAGAUAGGCUUCACCAUUGACUACAAGCGUGGCGACGAUCUUUCGAAUUUUCCGAUAGAAAAGGCUCGCAUACUACCAGCUUCCCCAUUCCUUUUCGCCGGAGUAGCGGCUGUAAUCUGCUAUGGCUGGGUACUUCACUUCGAAACCCAUGUUGCAGGACCACUGGCACUAGUUUUCCUAAUCGGCCUCUGUGUGACAGGGUCCUUCUCGAUACUCAAUACUCUUCUUGUGGACUUGUACCCUGAAGCUCCCGCCACCGCCGUAGCGGCCAUGAAUCUCGUCAGGUGUCUCUUUGGCGCUGGUGGAACGGCCGUGAUCGAGUACAUGCUGAGGGCUAUGGGGAGAGGAUGGACAUUUACUUUCUGGGGACUAGUUCUCGUGUUAUUUUCUCCUAUCCUCUGGGUCUUGACCAAAUGGGGCCCUGGAUGGCGAGAGGAGAGAAGAGUGCGGAAGCUCAAAGAGGAGGAAAAGGAAAGAGCGGUUACAUCACGGCCCUGAGAGGAAACUUCUUGAGGUGUGUAUAUCCACGGGAGUUGCAGACAUUUGGAGGUAGCAGCAUAAUGUUCAUGUUGAAAACUUCAUAGCUGGCUCAGAAACAACAUGACAGUGGUGGUCACACGUGGCCUUGGUGGUCGUACCUGGCCUUGCUAAUUUAUAGAAAAAA